AUGAAAGCCAACAUAGCGAUGGCUUCAAAACAGCUACAAUUUAUUAGAUCAUUGAUCAUUUCACAACCCCCUACAAUAGCAUUACCUAAUCAAUCUAGUAAUAUUUCUAAGAUUGAAAAUAUCAAGGGAAAUGAUUUACCAAACCAGAAAACCUUAAAUGACCCAGAGUUUCAGAGUUUGGGUCAGCCCGCAUCAGUGUUAGCCAUUAAUUCGCCUCCUUCCGUACCUAUUUAUAUCAGAAAAAACUCAUUAUUGUCAAUCUAUGGAAUUGAUAAUUCAUUUGUGAAUUCAAUUAAAGGUCUGGUUGAAUUCAUAAACCCUCUAAAAAGGUUCAUUUAUGGAGGCUACGUUUCAAAAUAUCAGAAGAUUAUUUCUACGGUGCCAUUCUCUUUAUUAGUUUCCUCAAGCUCGAAGAAUUUUAGAUUGAGAACUAAUAGGCAAAAAUCGUUUGCUACUUUGUUAUUAGACGGAACGAAUGAUUGGGCAGUUUUAAAUAAUACUGCGUUACAAGCCUAUACGGGUGGUACAUUGAAUGUUUCUAUGUUCAGGAUUCCAAAGAAUAUCAGUAAAACCUUAGCAAGUUUAUUGAAAAUAACGAAUGCAACUGAAACUGGUUUAUUCAGAUGGAAUAACUUAGGAUAUGCUUUACUAACUGGAAGGGGUCAGGUAGGAUUAGUUGGUAACGGUGCUAUUUAUAAUAUUAAUUUAAAAGAGAAUGAAGAAGUUUUAAUUAGUAGAAAAAAUUUGCUAAGUAUUAGUGUUAAUGGACCCUAUGAUUUGCAGAAUUGUAUUGUUAAAUACUCGUUUCCAGUCACUAAGCCGGAAACAGGUACGAUUGGGUCAACAAAAGAAGCUCCAGUUCAAUUAAACAAAGACGACGUCAUUCCUGCUAACAAUUUUAACCAUUAUUGGAACAUCAUCAAAGGAUACUCUCGUCAUAUUAUCAAUUUUUUCAAAAGAUCCCAAAGAUUGACUUACAAUUUCUUAGUAGGGAAUGAAGAUUUCGUAAGAGUUAUUGGUCCUAGAAACCUAUUAUUACAAUCCAAUAGUGUUGGCUCGCAUUCUACGUCAUCUAGCGAGCUUCCAAAGCCUAAUUUACUGAAUAUCAAGGCUAACAUAGAAAAAAAAUCUUCGGACUUUUUAAAUUAUGUAACCAUUGAACCAGGUAGAGGUGCCGUCUUCAAGAGCACGCCGAACUUUAGAGAAUCCGUCCAAAAGAUCGAAAAAAAAUCUCUGUAA